ACCACCGACUUUUGUUACUAUACAACGCACGCCUCCGAUCAGUCACACGGUUCCUUCUUGACGUGGUCACUGCUUAGUUGGAAUAUCAUUGUUUCUGGAAUAUAGCCUGAAGAAACUAUGGAAGUGCUGUCUCAGAGCAAGGAAGUCUUGUCUACUUCACCGGCAGAUACGCCAAAACUAAUGCACGGAGGCAAUUACAUUGCCGAAGGACGUGACUCAAAUAAAUCAACAUGGCUCCUUUUCUCUCCUGAAACACCUGACGCGGCUGGUUCCUUGGCGAGAUUUCUGAGUAUUUUUUCUACCCAUGGUGUGAACCUUAGCCACAUCGAGUCUCGCUCGUCAGCAAGAAGGCCCGGAUAUGAGUUCAUGGUGGAAUGUGAACACGGCUCGGGUGACUUCGGCGCUGUUCUAGCGGAGCUUAGAGAAAACACUGGAUAUUUGAAUAUAAUUUCCAGAAACUACAAGGACAAUAGAUCUGCCGUACCGUGGUUCCCGAGACGUAUCCGUGAUUUAGACAGAUUUGCGAAUCAGAUCCUGUCCUACGGCGCUGAGCUCGAUUCAGAUCAUCCUGGUUUUACUGACCCCGAAUACAGGGCUAGAAGAAAAUACUUCGCCGAUAUUGCCUUUAACUACAAGCACGGUCAACCGCUACCACAUGUGAACUACACUAAAGAUGAAACCGCGACCUGGGGCGUCGUGUUCAGAAAACUCACGGAAUUGUAUCCAACCCACGCUUGCAAGGAGCACAAUCACGUGUUUCCCUUGUUGAUCGAAAAUUGUGGCUACAGAGAAGGCAAUAUCCCGCAACUCGAAGAUGUUUCAAAUUUCCUUAAAGAUUGCACAGGAUUUACACUACGUCCAGUAGCAGGCCUACUGUCGUCGAGAGAUUUUCUUGCCGGUCUGGCGUUCCGAGUGUUUCAUAGCACUCAGUACAUUAGGCACCAUUCACGUCCCCUCUACACUCCGGAGCCAGACGUAUGCCACGAAUUGCUGGGACAUGCUCCAUUGUUCGCCGAUCCAGCAUUUGCACAGUUUUCCCAGGAAAUUGGUCUCGCUUCUCUAGGAGCUCCAGACGAUUAUAUUGAAAAACUUGCAACGUGCUUUUGGUUUACUGUGGAAUUCGGUUUAUGCCGCCAAGAAGGGCAACUUAAAGCUUAUGGUGCUGGACUGUUGUCUUCAUUUGGUGAGCUGCAGUACUGCCUUUCUGACAAGCCCGAGCUGAAGGAUUUUGAGCCACAAAUCACCGGCACCCAAAAGUAUCCAAUCACUGAGUAUCAACCGGUAUACUUUGUGGCCAACAGCUUCGAAAACGCUAAAGAGAAAAUGAUAAAAUUCGCUCAGACGAUUCCCCGUGACUUCGGCGUCAGGUACAACCCAUAUACUCAAAGUAUUGACAUACUCGACUCGCCCAGGCAGAUGAGAGACCUCUUCAAGCAUAUACACCAGGAGAUGGAGCUGCUAGUCGGUACAAUGGACAAAUUGUAGAACAUUUAUAUACAUUAUAUUAAUAUUGUAUAAUAGUAAUAGUGUGUAAAAAUAACUACUGUGAAAUUAUUAUAACUUCACUUUUCAAAUAUACAUAAAUUUAAUGUAGUAUUUACAACGGCGGUUAUCCCGAUAUUACUUUUCGCGCCUUUUUUAUUGCUUUGAUAUUUGCUGGUGACGAUCAAAUCUAUGAACCAUAUAUAAUUGACUUGUUUUUUUACUCAUUACAUUUCAGUUUGUUUUUAUAUUGUAAUUUUGACAUGAUAUAUAUUUUUAACGUAUAUUUAUUUCAUGAGUACAAUAUAAAUAUUAAAAGACAUAUUUUUAGUGAAACAGAUUAUGUAUCCCUAAGUAAAGAUAAUUUAGACGUUUAGUAUGAUAAGGAUUUUAUUCUGAUAUUAUUGUUGACAAAAAUAAUCCGAUCGUCAUUAAUAACCAGGUCGUGAUUUUUUUACGAACUAAGAAAGUUUGGCUAUGUGUCGAAUUUUAAUAGCUUUAUUAAUGUAAAUAAUAAUAAUAUAAACUAUUUAUAAUAUAAAUAUAUUUUAAGACAUAUAAAUUGAAAGAGCGUAUGAUUUAUCAUUAGGUA